AUGGACGAGCCCGAGCUCUUCCAAAGCUCCCGCGAGCUUCUCCGCUCCUCUAGGGACCUUGCAGACGUUGCCCCCUCCCUCCGCGUGUCCCAUAGCUCCAGUAAGACGAUGAGGGCACCUCGGCAGUCGAGCUUAUCCGGUGAGAUCACCUCCACCUCUCUCCUGCAUCCUCUCUUGAUCGAACCCAUCGCCGAAGUAGGCGUGGCCGCGGCUCCACUGCUCGAGCGCCGCAUCUGCUCACGGCCAUCGCGCGGCACCGACGUCCUGCUGCUCCCCGGCGCCAGUAGCAGGUCCACGCGGACGAGGCGACUCGUCCUCGUCCCGCUGGUGGCCUCGCCAUGGCCGGAGGUGCCUGGAGCCGAUUGGGCCAUCGCCGACCGAGCGCCCCGCUCCUCCUAUCGCAAGCAGGAAGAAGAGCCACGAGAGAGAGAGGGAGAGAAAGGAUGGGGCACGUCCCACCCGCCAGCUGGACUAAUAAAGUCAACGGGCCCGCGCGUCAUUUUAAGUGGAGGGCAUUUCAUGCAAUGCGUUUUCGAUUUACUGAAGACGUAUUCUAAGAAAGACGCUUUCAUUUUUACAGCCGCUGGCCGAAAGGACUAUUUAGUGAACAUCCGCUGGUUAGGGCAUUUUUUGCCUAAAAAGUGAACGACCACAACUUUGCGACCGUAACUCCGA